CCACCAUGUGCGGAGGCAUCUCCUUUAGGCACUUGCUGCUGCUGCAGCUGCAGCUGUCCCAACUCCUAGCUGACACUCAAAGGACGACUGUGGUGCUGGGGAAAGAAGGGGCUUCCGUGGAACUGCCCUGUGAAAGUUCCCAGAAGAACGCACUCUUCACCUGGAAGUACCUUGACCAGAGGAUUAUUCUGCGACGGCAGAACAAGGAGAUAUUGCUUAAAGGUUCAUUUGAGAAGAAUGAUCGGUUUGGUUCCAGAAAAGGUGCAUGGGAGAAGGGGUCAUUUCCUCUUGUCAUCAAUAAACUUAGGAUGGACGACUCUCAGACUUACAUCUGUGAGGUGGAGAACAAGAAAGACAAGGUGGAGUUGUGGGUGUUCAGAGUGACCGUCAGUCCGGGUACCACCCUGUUGCAGGGGCAGAACCUGACCCUGACCUUGGAUAGCAACCAUAAGGUCUCCAACCCCUCGAUAGAGUGUAAACUCAAAGGGGGUAAAAUUGUCAAGAGCUCCAAAGUUCUCUUCAUGUCCAACCUAAAGACUCAGGACAGUGACGUCUGGAACUGCACCGUGACCCUGAGCCAGAAAAAGCACACGUUCGACAUGAAACUCUCAGUGCUGGGCUUUCAGAGAACAUCCAUCACGGCCUAUAAGAGUGAGGGGGAGUCAGCGGAGUUCUCCUUCCCACUCAACUUUGGAGAGGAAAACCUGAAGGGAGAGCUGUGGUGGAAGGCAGAGAAGGCUUCUUUCUCCCAGCUCUGGAUCGACUUCUCUCUAAAGAACAGAAAGAUAUCUGUGGAAAAGUCUACCAACAACCCCAAGCCCCAGCUGGGGGAAAUGCUCCCCCUCAGCCUCAAGAUACCCCAGGUCUCGCUUCAGUUUGCUGGUUCUGGCAUCCUGACUCUGACUCUGGACAAAGGCACACUGCAUCAGGAAGUGAACCUGGUGGUGAUGAAAGUGACUCAGCAUGACAACAACACUUUGACCUGUGAGGUGGCGGGACCUACCUCCCCAAAGAUGAGACUGACCCUGAAGCAGGAGAAUCAGGAGGCUAGGGUCUCUGAGGAGAAGAAAUGGAUUCAAGUGACGGCCCCUGAGGAAGGAAUGUGGCACUGUCUACUGAGUGAAGAUGAAGAGGUCAAGAUAGACUCCAAGAUCCAGGUUUUACCCAGAGGGUUGAACCAGAGAGCAGUGUUCCUGGCUGUCGUGCUUGGGGGCGCCUUUGGUUCUCUGGCUAUCAUUGGGUUCUGCAUCUUCUGCUGUGUCAGGUGCCGCCACCAACAGCGCCAGGCAGCACGGAUGUCUCAGAUCAAGAAGCUCCUCAGUGAGAAGAAGACCUGCCAGUGCUCCCACCGGAUGCAGAAGACCCAUAAUCUCAUCUGAGGCCUGGGCCCCGCAUGCAGCCUACUGCCUGUGUCCAGGCUCAUCGACUGAGGCCUGUGGACCAGAUGAAUGUAGCAGACCUAGUGCCUCUGGCCUCCUGCUCUCCCCUUCCUCAAGUGGCCAUGGUUUCUCUCCCUCCAUUCCCAAGCCCCUUGGCAGAGCUUGCUCUCUGCCUCUCAGACACUUAAGCACAACCAACCAGCUUAUUUACUCUUCGCAGCUGCCUUUACACCAGAGCUCGGCCCUUCUCUGACUAACAUCCUCUUUCCAGCUGUCUGCUUGGAUCUAAGGGCAGUGCACAGCACCUGGCCCAGAUGGUGGGACUGGACAUACACAGCACAGUUUACAAGAGGGCUCUGGGACUAAGCUGAGCCGGGGGUGGGCAGCGGGGGCCUUGUGCAGGCCGCACAUCCUUUCAGGGGCAGAUGCAGAUGCUGCUGAUGUCAGUCUCAGCUUCCCAUGCUGACUGCUUCUCGUUUGAGGUGGUGAGGCCAGACUCACACUCUUACCAGUGCACCAACACACACCCAGGACACACACCCUGCACACAGUCACACACCUGUUCCUAUAUCCAAACUGCAGAUCUUAAUUCAUAAGCCAGUUGAAUGUCCUGGGUAUUCAACCCUUACAAAAACCUUGCAUGUGGGUAAGCAUGAUGGCUCAUCGGAAAAAAAAAAAAAAAAA